GCUGCUCCGAGGAGGAGGAGGAGGAGGAGGCGGCGGCGGCGGCGGCGGCCGCCCUUGUGCUUCCUGCCCAGCCGGGGCUCAAGGGCGGCGGGAGGGGGCUCCGCAGCCCCGCCGCUCGCCCGCUCGCUCGUCCGUCCGUCCGCCUCUGGCCCGGCGGCAGCAGCGAGGCGCCUGCAUUGCAGAAGCCGCCCCCCCGCCCGGCUCCUGCCCUUGGCUGCCAGCAGAGCGGCCGCCGCCUCCGCCCGCCGGGAUGCCGGCGCCGCGCUGCCCCGGAGCAGAUUUCUCAGGAGACACAACUUACUCGCAUGGCUUCCUGUGAUAAAAAUGAACUAGCUUCUCCACCAUCUGACGCACAACGCUGAAGCUUUCCUUCCAGUCUGCUGAAAGUGAGUCCAGUGAGGAGUUGACAGUUCUUCUUUCCCGUUCUCCAUUUAAGAGAGUCAAGUCCAAUAGAUGGACAUCUUGUAACUUUCCUUCUUCUGCUGCCCAGUUAGCAGCUGCCCUACAUGAUCCCAUGACUCUUGAUAUGGAUGCUGUCCUCUCAGACUUCGUUCAGUCCACGGGGGCAGAGCCUGGUCUAGCCAGAGAUUUGUUGGAAGGCAAAAACUGGGACUUCACUGCUGCUUUGAGUGACUAUGAACAGCUCAGGCAGGUGCAUACAGCCAACCUGCCCCAAGUGUUCAACGAAGGAAGGUAUCCCAAGCCACAGCCGCAGCAAAAGCCAGAUAAAGAACUUUCCCAACAGGUGAACAAGAGUGAGCGCCUAUCCUUUCCUAGACAGGAGGACAUCUCCCAAGAGAAGAGGCUUUCUCGAGGAAUCUCUCACGCCAGUUCCGCCAUCGUCUCGCUCGCCCGCUCUCACGUGGCCACCGAAUGUAACAAUGACCAUUUCUCUCUGGAGAUGCCCAUCUACACCUUCCAGCUUCCUGACCUCAGUGUGUAUAGUGAAGACUUCAGGAGCUUCGUUGAGCGGGACCUGAUUGAGCAGGCCACCAUGGUCGCUUUGGAGCAAGCGGGUCGCCUCAACUGGUGGUCAACGGUGUGCACCAGCUGCAAGCGUCUUCUUCCGUUGGCUACAACCGGUGAUGGAAACUGCCUCUUGCACGCGGCUUCUUUGGGGAUGUGGGGCUUUCAUGACCGAGACCUCGUCUUACGGAAAGCACUUUACGCCAUGAUGAGGAGUGGGGCUGAAAGGGAAGCUCUGAAGAGAAGGUGGAGGUGGCAGCAGACCCACCAAAAUAAAGAGUCAGGACUGGUUUACACGGAAGAAGAGUGGGAGCGGGAGUGGAGCGAACUCCUCAAGUUGGCAUCCAGUGAACCACGCACUCAUAUCAGCAAAAACGGGGGCAGCGGUGGCGGAGUGGAGAAUUCCGAAGAGCCCGUCUACGAGAGCUUAGAAGAGUUCCAUGUUUUUGUGUUGGCCCACAUAUUAAGGCGACCGAUUGUCGUUGUGGCAGAUACAAUGCUACGGGAUUCAGGAGGAGAAGCAUUUGCACCCAUCCCCUUUGGAGGAAUUUACUUGCCCUUAGAAGUCAUGCCCAACCGAUGCCAUUGCUCUCCCCUCGUCCUGGCCUACGACCAAGCCCAUUUCUCGGCCCUCGUGUCAAUGGAACAGAAAGACCAGCAGAAGGAGCAAGCGGUGAUCCCUCUGACCGAUUCUGAACAUAAAUUACUUCCUUUGCACUUUGCGGUUGAUCCGGGCAAAGACUGGGAAUGGGGCAAGGAUGACAAUGAUAACAUCAAAUUGGCCAAUUUGAUUCUGUCCCUGGAGGCAAAGCUGAACCUUCUGCAUAGUUACAUGAAUGUAACCUGGAUCCGCAUGCCGUCAGAAACACGGGCUCCCUUGGCUCAGCCAGAGUCUCCUACGGCAUCGGCUGGAGAAGACGUCCAGUCGCUGGCAGACUCCAUGGAUUCAGACAGGGAUUCCGUCUGUAGUAAUUCUAACGGCAAUAACGGCAAAAACGGGAAAGAGAAAGAGAAGCAGAGGAAAGACAAGGAGAAGAACCGAGGGGAUUCCGUGGCUAACAAACUUGGGAGUCUCAGUAAGACUCUGGGCAUCAAGCUGAAGAAGAACAUGGGGGGUCUGGGUGGGCUGGUCCACGGCAAGAUCAACCGAGCCAACGCUGGGAAUGGCAAAAACGGGGGGGAGGUCACGGAGAAGGCUAAAGAGAAGAAGUCGAAAUCGCGUAAAGGGAGCAAAGAGGAAUCGGGCCGUUCUGCGAGCACCUCCCCCUCGGAGAAGACCACCACCCCGUCCCCCACAGAGAAGGCGAGCAUCUCCCCUGCAGAAAAAGCCAGCGCAAAAUCCCCAUCCUGGAAAUACAGCACCGAUGUGAAGCUGAGUCUGAACAUCUUAAGAGCCGCCAUGCAAGGAGAGCGGAAGUUCAUUUUUGCCGGCCUCCUCCUAACAAGCCACAGACACCAGUUCCACGAGGAGAUGAUUGGCUACUACUUGACCAGCGCCCAAGAACGCUUCAGUGCCGAACAAGAGCAGAAGAGGAAAGAGGCAGAGAAGAAGGCCACGGCUCUCGGCAGCUCCUCGUCUCGCAAACUGGACCAAGAAGGGUUUUCCAAGGAGAAGCUGGAUUCAUCUCCUCAGGGGAGGGCAUCCCCCGUGUUGCCUCAAAGCCAUACCACUCAGCUGGUUUUAAAGUUCAAAGACCGGGCUAGUCCCACGCCGGCUUCCUUUUCUUCACCGAGCAACGGAGCCAAGGGGAGUGGACCCAUCCCGGUAUCUGCCCAUUAUAGCCAUACGCCCCCCGUCCAAAGGCAGAGCAUCAUCCACUUGCACGACUUCAACACCAAGCCAUCCAGCUUCCAAGACGAUGUCUACAAGCCCGUGGUGGGCACCCUAAAAACAUGUGCCACCUACCCUCAGCAGAACCGCUCAUUGUCCUCGCAGAGUUAUAGCCCGGCACGGAUAGCGGACAUUCGUACGGUCAACACGGUGGAGUCUUUGGCCUACGCUCUGCCCACGGACCCCAAGUCGCAAACAUACACCAAUGGGUUCAAUAGCAAGGACAUCAGAGACAGCUUAGAGUACGUGGAUGAAGAUGCUCCACAGACCUGGUUGAACAAUGAGAAAAACCGCAGCAGGACCCCGGUUUGCCCCGUGUAUUCCAUCCAGCAGAACCGCUGCAAGACGGAGAAUUGUUCCUUUUACGGGCGCCCUGAAACCAAGAACUUCUGCUCCUGCUGCUACAAGGAGGAACUCAAACGUAGGGAGCGAGAGAGUAAAGGGUCCCGGCAUUGAAGACCGUGGAGCUCUUCGAAUAAAUAUUUAUUUCGUUUGUUUUCUUACUUAGGACAUAUUGUAUGUGGUAAGGGACUGAAAGAGGAAAGACCAGGGGGGAUUCUAGAAAGGUUCUCAAGGGAGCAAAGCUCUAGCUUUUUUCUCUCUCUCUCAGAGGUGGUGGGCAAAAAAACAAACAAAAAAAAGUGAGGAUCCGUGGAUGAUCACGAGUUGGUGGCUUCCCAUUUCGUUGGUCUCUUUUUUACAUACACUGGUAAUUGGAGAGGGUCUUUACUUCUCUGUCAGUGCUGUAUCCGUGUGGUCAAAACUUUACUAAUGGUGCCUGAAUUCACACUGACAUCACUCAGGUAGUAGAAAGAUUAGGGGAAAAGUCAUAAAAAUAGAAGACGUGGUGUGGUAAGUGCACAAAUGUGUCUGCCUCAUUCUGUGGAUCAGAGGUGGGGAACGAUGGCCCUUUUAAUGACUUGUAGCUUCCACUCCUGGAAUUCCUGAGCCAGCGUGGCUUCUGGGAGUUGAAGUCCACAAGCCAUUAAAAGGGCCCAUAGUCCCCCACCCUUGUUGUAGAUGAUCUCCCCAGGAGAAAUGUCAUGUUCCAUAGCUCUCCUUCCCUUGCUGUUUUUUUUAAAGGAAGCAAGCAUCGUAAAGGUGUAUUUAGUGCAUAUUAACUCACUAACAUCCUUGCUAUAAACUUUGGUUUUUAUAACCCCCUUUUUCCAUAGAUACACAAAUGAAAGCAUGGCUCCAUGAUGGCAGCUUUUCUCACCCAAGAGAAAUGGUUUUCAUUCAUUCCUGUAAGUGAUUUCCGGUUUUGGACUACACCAAUUGCUCCAGAUGGAAAGGUCUAUCUUGCCAGUUGAUAUUAAAAUAAGGCUCGACACUCAUAUUAAAAAUGAGCACUUUACAGUUUAGUGUCAGGAUCAUGCAAACUCUGAUGCAAUCAUCUUGUAGUCCUUCACUGCAGGCUAUACCUCUCACUGAGUUUAGAAAUGCUGUUAUUGCCACGUUAUUUAGUUAUAUUUUUCCUGGAUGAUGGCUCAUUCCAAACUUUCUGUAGCCUGUCACCCAGAUCCUUCCCUUUCUAGAGAAGAAGACAAAAAUGAUCUAUAUUCAUUUGCACUGAUGUUAAAUUAUGGACACCUAUUUUUAAAAAGCAAGCUAUGGGGUUUUUUGGUGUUUGUGUUUUUCUACACGUUCUCAAGUGUAGCCCUUUGAAGUUUAAAUUAGGAAAAAGGUUGAACAGCUGAAAUUAUUUUAGCAAUUAUUUUAAAAAUUCAAUUGAACCAAGUUUGUUGGAUAACUUUUCUAGAGGAAUCGAAUUGUUUUGACACAGAUCUCGUAUUGUAUAAAUGGGACAACCCUGAUUGUUUAUUUUACAAAUAGAUAUCUUUCUGCAGCCAGCAACCAUUAAAUAGUGAAAUCCAUCAAAAAUAUAAAUCAGAGUUAAAAUCAGCCAUAAGCACGCUGCCAGCUGCCUGUGAACCCUAGUCCAGAAUUGGUCCUGCAAAGAAACAGAGAAAUUUUGCAGUGGAUUCCAAAUUGAUAUCCUAUCUGAAGAUUUAGCUAUUGUCAACUUCUGGGUCAGUGGUCUCUUCCAUCAUCUGAAGAUGCUUAGCCUUCUUCAGAAGUAGCCUCUGGUCUUGGAGUAGGCAGACUGUGAGUAAGGAAGAACAUUUUAUAGCAUCCAUUCAUAGCUGAUGAAAUAGUCAAAACAGACAGAGAAGCAAUUCAAGUUUCCACACCAAUCUUUUCUUCCUUGAACAACUUUUCAUGAAUUUGGGUGUAUGUGUGAUCUUUCGGAAGAAGCCAUUGCACCUAUAAGGAACAAUAGUCAUGGUAUCUCCAUCACUUCUGAUUUAAGUUAGAUUUAAUCAGAUAUUUAGGAAGAGCUUAGGAAAAAGUGGCAGGAACCACUUUUAUCUUUCUUCCCCCUGCUUUUCAAAGCCAAUGGUUUGUUAUAAAAACCACGAUACAAUCCAUAAUUGGAUUUCUUCCUAUUCUGUUUGUCUUGUAGUCAUUGUCUCCACUGGCAUACCUAAAGAAUGUGCUACAUUCUUAUAUAGAGCAAUAUAACCUAAGUCUUAGGAGAAUUUUUGUCUACGUCUAUCCUAAAUUACAUCUCAGCCUCUACAUCCACAUCCAUUCCUUUUGUUCUGUUACAUUCCUAAAAAGAGAAGGAAAACCAUUUGUUCCCAUCCUGAAAGCGCCUUCAAACAUCCAAGUGAUUUUGAAAAGCUCAUUAAAGUUCCUGAAGUUAAAUUCUUACACCUCGGUGUAAGAAUUAAUCUCAUGACCACGCAUUAUUUUAUAUUUGGUUCUGCAUUCUAAAUAUAAAACAAUGGUGCCUGCUGUCCGUAGUUGUUCACUUGUGCAUUUCACUAACCUUGUCGUAAGUCUUCUGUAGAGGCAAUCCCUGGUGCGUUCAUAUCAGCCUAGAAAAGGAAUGACAAAACUUUUUAAUUUUGGAAGGUUGAAUAAUACUAGACUAUAAUAGUUUCUGUAUCUUUGGAAAGAUAUGGCAGUUUUUAGCUGAGAGAGAGGGAGAGGGAAGGAGGGAGGGAGGGAGAGAGAGAGAGAGACUUGAAAAGCAACAGUGAGGAUGCGUUGGCUUACUUUUGUGCUAUUGCAUGUGAAUUAAUUUGAUUAAUGAAUUAUGCAUUAAUUGCCUAACGGUCCAUGGCAGAUCUGGUCAUUUCCUAUCCUGAAUCUUUGUCAUUGUUUCCUGCAGCACAUGUCUUUUCCACGCUUUUUGUGCUUCCCCUUUGGGAUCAAGAUAUUCAACUGGUUUGGGACUGGGAUGUUCUGACUCUUGAACUCUUGCCCAGUUCAUCCAUAUGAGUCUCCCUUCCAGUUCUGAAGAAGGCUGUGGGGUCUUAAUGCUUCUCC